AUGGAACCCAUGUCAUUUAAUAGACGGCAGUGGGCAUCAACGUCACUGAGGGUCACAGCCAAGGAACUUUCUCUUGUCAACAAGAACAAGUCAUCGGCUAUUGUAGAAAUAUUUUCCAAGUACCAGAAAGCAGCUGAAGAAGCAAAUAUGGAAAAGAGGAGAAAUAACGCUGAAAAUCUCCCUCAGCACUGUAGAAGGGGGAUCCUGACUGUGUUAAAGAAGAAGUGGGAGAACCCAGUGCUGGGAGCCGAAUCACGCACAGAAUCCCUGCGAAACAGCAGCACUGAGAUUAGGCACAGAGUCGACCACCCGUCUGCUCAAGUGGCAAACAGCUCUGCGUCUGCAGCUGUGGCUGACCCAGUGGACCAAGGCUCUGCCAGCUCAGGAUUGGGCUCCUCUCCUAAAGCUCUCACUCAGCACCAGCAUCCCCACUUUGAGGACAGGGAGGAUCUUCAAGACCACUGCUCAGAAAGUGAAAAAAUGGAAAAUUUUCUUACUGAAUCCAGGCACGAAGGAGGGAAACCUGAAAUCAGUGAAAACACAGAUGCUCCAGGCAAAAUAGAGAAGUACAACGUUCCGCUGAACAGGCUUAAGAUGAUGUUUGAGAAAGGCGAAUCAACUCAAACCAAGAUUCUUCAAACCCAGAGCCGAAGUACAGGUGGAAGGAGAAUCUGUGAAAACAGCUAUUCUCUUGAUGACUUGGAAAUAGGCCCAGGUCAGUUGUCAUCAUCUGCAUUCAACUCAGAGAAAAGUGAAAAUAGGCGAAACCUGGAACUCCCACGACUUUCAGAAACCUCCAUAAAGGAUCGAAUGGCCAAGUACCAGGCAGCUGUGUCCAAACAAAGCAGUUCAACCAACUAUACAAAUGACUUGAGAGCCGGUGGCGGUGAAAUUAAAGCUCAUAAAUUAGAACAAAAGGAGAAUGUGCCCCCAGGUCCUGAAGUCUGCAACUCCCAUCAGGAUGGAGAAAAGGUUUCUGCAACUGAGAAUAGCCUGGCAUUCCAUUCCUCCUCUGCUGAAGAUGACUCUCAUGUCUCCCAGGUGAAGAGUGAGCUUCAGCAAUCUGACCAUCCCAAGCAGUUAAGUCUAGAUACCAGAGCCUCCAGCCUUUCUGAGAGUUCUCCACCCAAAGCAGCAAAGAAAUUUCAGGCACCAGUGAGAGAGACCUGUGUGGAAUGUCAGAAGACAGUCUACCCAAUGGAACGUCUCCUGGCCAAUCAGCAGGUGUUUCACAUCAGCUGCUUCCGUUGCUCCUAUUGCAACAACAAACUUAGUCUGGGAACUUACGCAUCUUUACAUGGAAGAAUCUAUUGCAAGCCUCAUUUUAAUCAGCUGUUUAAAUCUAAAGGCAACUAUGAUGAAGGCUUUGGGCAUAGACCACACAAAGAUCUGUGGGCAACUAAAAAUGAAAAUGAAGACAUUUUGGAGCAGCCAGCUCAGCUUCCUAAUGCAGGAGAAACUCCUCAGAGCCCAGGAGUAGAAGAUGCCCCCAUUGCUAAAGUGGGUGUGCUGGCUGCAAGCAUGGAAGCUAAGGCAUCCUCUCAGCGAGAGAAAGAAGACAAGCCUGCUGAAACCAAGAAGCUGAGGAUUGCCUGGCCUCCUCCGACUGAACUGGGGAGUGUAGGAAGUGUUUUGGAGGAAGGACUCAAAGUGUCAAAACCCAAAUGGCCUCCUGAGGAUGAAAACAACAAGCCUGAUGCUCUUGAGGAUGUAGAUCUAGAUCUGAAGAAGCUAAGACGAUCUUCUUCACUGAAGGAAAGAAGCCGCCCAUUCACUGUAGCAGCUUCCUUUCGAACCACUUCUGUCAAGAGCCCCAAAACCUUAUCACCUCCUAUCAAGAAAGGCUGGAGCCUGUCAGAUCAAAGUGAGGAGUUUGUAGGAGGAAUAGCUGUAGAAAACGCCAAAGUCUCAGAGAAGAAUGGGAGUGGAGAGAAAUUGACUUGGCCAAACAAGGAAUCUGAAGGAAGAGAGGCAGGGAGGAAAAGUAAAGAAGUUCAUGGUUUUGAAAUGGAGAGUGAGAACCUUGUUGAAAAUGGUGCAGAUGUCGAUGAAGAUGAUGUAACUCUUUACAAACAGCAGUCUCCUGUAGAACUCAAAUCUCCAAAUUGGUCCAGCUUUGUAGAUAACACCUCCACCAAAGAAUUCACUACACAGAAUCAGAAAUCCCAGGAUGUGGGAUUCUGGGAUGGAGAAGUAGACAAAGAGCUUUCUGUAGAAGAACAGAUAAAGAGAAAUAGGUACUAUGAUGAGGAUGAGGACGAGGAUGAAGAAUGA